AUGCAUUGGGUCCUCCUUUUUGGUACUAUUCUGCUAUUCCGCCUGCCAGGAGCAGGCGCCUCCCCGGCUAAGACAAAAAUGUAUGGCAAGUUACCGCUAGUUUUAACAGACGCCUGCAUGGGAGUUCUCAGCGAAGUGACCUGGGAGUAUAGCAGCGAUGAUUUAUAUGCAUCACCAGCAUGUACAUAUGAACCGGCAUUACAGUCAAUGCUGUACUGUAUUUACGAAUCAUUGAAUGAAAAAGGUUAUUCAAACAAGACCUUUGAAAAAACAUUCGCUGCUAUCAAGGAAGAUUGCGCAUAUUAUACUGACAGCCUUCAGAAUAUGACUAAUACUGAUUUCUACAAUAUGCUGAAUAACGGAACAAAGCAUAUAGUGCAAUAUGCUGAAGGUAGCGCCAAUAUUACGUACCCAAUUGAGAUAGAUUCCCAAGUAAGGGAAAAUUACUAUUACUCUUACCAUGGUUUCUACGCCAACUAUGACAUUGGUCAUACAUAUGGUGGUAUUAUUUGCGCCUAUUUUGUGGGUGUUAUGAUUCUUGCCAGCAUUCUUCAUUAUAUGAGUUACACUCCGUUUAAAACUGCCUUAUUUAAACAAAGACUUGUCAGAUAUGUGAGAAGAUAUUUGACGCUACCUACCAUCUGGGGUAAGCACGCGUCGAGCUUUUCUCACCUUAAAGUUUUCACAGGGUACCUUCCCACACGAUUUGAAGGUGUCAUUAUACUUGGAUACCUUGUCCUUCAUACAGUUUUCCUGGCAUACGGCUAUCAGUAUGAUCCUUACAAUUUAAUCUUCGACUCUCGUAGAGAACAGGUUGCUCGAUACGUGGCCGAUAGAAGUGGGGUCCUGGCAUUUGCACACUUUCCCCUAAUAGCUCUUUUUGCAGGAAGAAACAAUUUUCUAGAAUUUAUCUCUGGCGUGAAAUAUACCUCUUUCAUUAUGUUUCAUAAAUGGCUGGGAAGAAUGAUGUUUUUAGAUGCUAUGAUUCAUGGUGCUGCUUAUACCAGUUAUGCAGUAUUCUAUAAAGAUUGGGAAGUGAGCAAGGAAGAGACAUAUUGGCAAUUUGGAGUAGCUGCCCUUUGUAUAGCUGGUGUUAUUGUUUUUUUUUCCUUGGCAAUGUUCAGAAAAUUCUUUUAUGAAGCUUUCUUAUUUCUUCAUAUUGUGCUUGGCGCAUUGUUCUUUUAUACGUGUUGGGAGCACGUCGUAGAGCUGAGUGGUAUCGAAUGGAUAUACGCUGCCAUUGCUAUUUGGAUUAUUGAUAGGCUCAUUCGAAUUCUAAGAGUAUCAUAUUUCGGUUUCCCUAAGGCCUCGUUGCAGCUAGUUGGAGAUGACAUCAUCCGAGUUACAGUCGAAAGGCCAGCAAGACUAUGGAAAGCCAAACCAGGACAAUAUGUCUUCGUGUCAUUUAUACAUCCGCUGUAUUUUUGGCAGUCACACCCUUUCACUGUUUUAGAUUCAAUUAUCAAAGAUGGUGAGCUGAUUAUUAUUCUGAAGGAAAAGAAGGGAGUAACAAGACUUGUUAAAAAAUACGUCCACCGCAAUGGAGGUAAGGCAUCUAUGAGACUAGCUAUAGAAGGACCAUAUGGCUCUUCCUCUGCAGUCAAUUAUUAUGAUAAUGUCUUGCUACUUACGGGGGGCACUGGUUUGCCUGGACCCAUUGCACAUGCAAUUAAACUUGGAAAAACUUCAGCGGCAGCUGGAAAACAAUCUGUAAAAUUAGUGGUUGCAGUUAGAGGGUUUGACGUGCUCGAGGCUUACAAACCAGAGCUAAUGUGUUUAGAGAAUAUGAAUGUACAGCUCCACAUCUACAACACAAUGCAAGUUCCACCAUUAACCCCCAAUGAUAGUUUGGAUAUUUCUCAACAGGAUGAAAAAGCCGAUGGAAAAGGUACUGUUAUGGCAACAACUCUAGAAAAGUCACCUAAUCCAUUUGAAUUUGAUGGUGCUGUUUUUCAUCAUGGAAGACCGAAUGUCGAAAAGCUUCUGCAUCAGGCCGCUGACCUAAAUGGCUCGUUGGCUGUGGUUUGUUGUGGGCCUCCUGUUUUCGUUGACGAAGUAAGAGAUCAGACUGCAAAGAUUGUUCUAGAGAAACCUGCAAAGGCAAUCGAAUACUUUGAAGAAUACCAAAGUUGGUAG